ACACCCAGGGCUACCCCCCACUUUCCUCUCCAGUCAUAUCGCUAGCACAAGGAGAAGCCUUGGUCAAUUGGGCUAAGCCCCCGUCCCUGUAACAAUACACCGUUUUACGCGCCCGGGAACCAGAGUCGCCUUGCGCUUUCCCCAAGCCUCCUUGCCGCCGGCACCGGUACUGUCCUUAUUAAGAAAACGACGGGCCUUCCACUGGGACGAGUCUAUGUACUUUAUUAUUGCCGGCCCUGUAUCGCUCUCGCCUCUCGUUUCUCAACGCCUUUCACCGUAUCGCCACCUGUGCUCGCACACACUAGGGGGCGUGUCAAGCAAAAAGAGGUUCAGGCGCGUGGAGCAUUUCCCGACUCACCAUUUCCUUUCGUGACAAUGGCCUCGCCAUCAUCGUCUUUCAGCUCGGCGCAAGGCGAUUAUGGCGGAGGGCGCUUCAAGCUCGUUCUGAGGCAACAGCCUCGUCGAGCGCGUAUGUGCGGAUUCAGCGAUAUCAAAGACCGUAGGCUGAUCGACCCUCCUCCUGUGCUUCAAUUGAUCUUCUACGACGCUCAUGGUCGUGAAGUUCCAUCAAGACCGCUGGAAGCAGCCCACUUCAUCUGCCAUGCAUCGUUGUAUGCCCCCGACACGGAUGAAGACCGGAAUGUCAUCGUCCGUCCUUCACGAGGAAGCUCCAGCGCUGACUUGCGAGAAGCGAUAACAUCCGGCGACAAAUCUUCAAGGAAGUCAUCGAUGACCACUCAGAUUCCAUCCCGUCCACCACCACCACCGAUUGUUCCAGCGGAGCGGAAGUCGUUUCGCCCAUGGGAUGCCGAUUCUCAAGGGGCAGAAACCCUUCCUCUGAACGACCCGAAGAUGUCACAGUCAAACUCCCGAUACGCAAAUCUUCCCAGAACGACACGGCCUGCUCCGUCGGGUCGCCCCGCGUCGUUAUCCCGCCUCUCCUCUUCAUCUCACCUGUCUUCUCCAUUGCAACGAGACUCUCCACCAGUAACACCGCCUCAACCACCACGAACAACAUCAAUGGAAUCUUUGGAAAGCGAUUCACAGCUUAGAAUGGAACCAGAUGCCGCAACAUGUAUACAAACGCUGGUCGGUGUGACAGUAGCAUCUUGCGAGGUUCUCGCGGACAUCGAUGGGCAGGAGAGCAUGUUCUUCAUCUUCCACGACCUCUCUGUGCGACCCCAGGGACUUUAUCGGCUAAAGUUCGUCCUUGUGCACAUGAACUUUGAGAAUACGGCAGCUGCAUUGAGCACGUCGCUCAUGUCCGAUGUCUUCGAAGUCACUCCACCCAAAGCCUUCCCAGGGAUGACAGAAUCAACAGCACUAUCGAAAUGCCUGGCUCGUCAAAGCGUGCCCAUACACAUUCGCAAAGACUGGUCACAAAGCAACGCAGAUACCAAACCGCCUCCCGGGCCGUCAACAAGCUGACAGUCGCCCUCUCUCCUAUUCCUCCCUCAUGGCUAUGAGCACGCCACAACCUGACAUAGAUUCCGCUCACUACGCCUCAUAUUUUCAACCCAUCAACCUAAUCUCGCGAAUCAAGCCGAUGCUUCAUCCCGCCGACCAUCAACGGCUUCACUAUCCCGCCUGCAGCCUAUAUUGCUCCAUCUUGCCUUCAUGUAUGCGGUCCCCUACUCUCUUAUAGUGCAACUCCUAGCUUCCCCAAGCUUGAAACGCACGCAAUUUUGAUAACACACUUCCCUUUCAUAAU